UGACUAUAUAGUGAAAGUUAAUACUCGAUAUAGACCAGUGAGCUCUUCUCACCCCCAAUGCAGAGCUCUGUAUAUGCCCUAGACAGUAAGCGUAAGAGGUCUGUGGAAUUAAGUUUUACGGAACAUCAGUCAACAUCUCGUAGACGCAUUAAAUCCUCUUUAUCUCUAUCUGACAUUUAUAAUUCCUCUCUUGAAAUGGCGUCAAACGACAAACAAGGAAUACCCAUCCCGUCCUCAAGCAUACUUUCGCCCUGGCCCCCUACAUCUACUGGUAUAUUGUCGUCUUCUCCUGACCCAACGACCAAUGUAACAAUCGUAGGACCAAAGGGUGAAAUUAAAACCUCUGUCUUAAACGAUCUCAUUGUGAAAUCCAUUAACAGUCAGGCAUUCAUAGGGGCUUUUACACCUCUCAUAGCUGCAGCAAUUGCCCCUCAAAUUCAACUAAUUGUCCAAAGUUGCAUCCAACCACUAAUUAAUUCAGUCAAAGAACAGCAAAACGACAUCGAAGAACAAAACGAUGAAAUAGAAAUACUGAAGAAAAGCAAGUCUGAAUUACAACAAAGAGUUGAUGAUCUUGAAUACGACCUGGACAACUUGGAACAAUAUGGCCGUCGCACAUCCUUGAGAUUUCACAAUGUCCCCAAACCUGGAACUGAUGAGGGAAACACAGAUACGGAAUCCGCUGUAAUCAGCAUCUGUGAAAAAAUGGGAGUCACAAUAACAUCUGAUGAUAUUGACCGGUCCCACCCAAUAGGUCGACCAAACAGAAAUAACAAACUCCAAAUUAUCUGUAAAUUCAAAACAUGGAAAGCAAAAAAUAAAGUUUUCAGUGCUAAAAAGGAAUUGAAAAGCAACAGUGACAAAAUCUUUAUAACAGAAGAUCUGACAAGGUACAGACAAUCCAUUGUCUCCAAACUUAUUGAGGCUAAAAAACGCAAGUCAAUCCUCAGCUUCUGGACAUUUGACGGUCGUAUCUAUAUCAAGAUGGAGCAAAACGGUGAAAAACUUGAAGUCACCUCUCUUGACGAAAUCAAUAGACUUUUCAACAGAUAAAGUACAUAUCGUAGACUCUCAUUCUGUACUUUGCAUGUAUACCAAUACACAGACAAAUAUGCUU